AUGCGCGCCACUCAAGGUACUCCCUUGUCAGGUCCAGAUGUUAUCAUUAACUCAGUUGACGCCUACCAAAUCCACCUUGACGUGACCAACACCUCCUGCGAUAAAUACCCUGCCAAACAGCAUGCGCGCAACGUCGCCAGAAAACUCGGCAUCUCCCACGGCCUAAUUUUCAUAGCCGGAGAACCCACUGCUUUACUGCGCGACUCUGAUCAGGAGCGCCCGUUCCGACAGCGCCGAUACUUUUACUACCUGAGUGGCGUGGUGGAGCCAAGCUGCGCUCUGACAUACGAUAUAAGCCUAGACCUUCUCACCCUUUAUGUCCCGGAUUUUGAUCUCCACCGUGCUAUAUGGAUGGGCCCGACCCUGACCCGGGAGGAAGCCCAGGAUCAAUUUGAUUUUGAUCGCGUGCUCUAUCAAUCAUCUCUUAAGCAAGAACUGGGAUCAUGGCUGGGCGGAAGGGCGCAGAACAGCUUGAUGUACGUGGUGCAUGAGUCAGAGGUUCCGAAGACUUUGCCGGCCGAGUUGCCACUGGAUUCUGCGCAGCUCCUCCCGGCCAUGGAUGCAGCUCGGGGGAUCAAGGAUGAGUAUGAGAUUCGGAUGAUUCGCCAAGCGAACAAAGUAUCCGCGCUAGCACACCGCAAAGUUCUCGAAAGCAUCAAGAAGAUGACAAAUGAGUCGCAGAUUGAAGGUCUCUUCCUGGACACAUGCAUUUCCCAUGGUGCUCGUAACCAGGCAUACCAGAUCAUUGCUGGAUCGGGACCCAAUGCGGCCGUUCUACACUAUUCUCGCAAUAACGAGCCUCUCGCGGGGCAACCUCUUGUAUGCCUUGACGCCGGUGCUGAGUGGGAAUGCUAUGCUAGUGACGUGACCCGCACAUUCCCGCUCAAGGGCGAGUGGCCCAGCAAAUACGCGUCAGACAUUUACAAGCUGGUCGAGCGUAUGCAAGAGGAGUGUAUUAAGGGAAUGCGAAAAGGCACACGCUACCUCACUCUACACGAUCUAGCUCAUGACAUUGCUAUUGAUGGACUGAUGGCUCUCGGUGUCUUCAAGGGUGGCUCACACGGUGAUAUCCGUGCGUCGGGCGCAUCCAAGGUCUUUUUCCCUCAUGGACUAGGCCACCACACUGGUCUGGAGGUUCACGAUGUGUCUGAGUCAUCGAUCAUGGCCCUGCACCCGGGUCUUGACCAGUCUCACUAUGGUGCGGUCGUGAACCCCGCCGUUUGUCGCUCCCCUUGUACAGUGUCUGCCCCAUUGCUAGAAGAGGGCAUGGUUAUUACUGUUGAGCCGGGACUUUACUUUUCGCCUUUGGCUCUUGCCAAUGCCCGUAAGCAACCGUACGCAAAGUAUAUCGAUUUUGAUGUUGCGGGCCAAUAUGUUCAUAUUGGUGGUGUGCGUAUUGAAGAUGAUAUCCUCAUUACCGCCAACGGUUACGAGAAUCUCACCACUGCGCCGAAGGGAGAUGCAAUGCUUGCAAUCAUUCGGGAUUCUAAGUAG